ACUACGGUAAUCGGAAAUAGGUUUGAAGGUUGAAGCUUUUAAGCAUGCUGUCUCUUGGAACUGAACCAUCGUCUUCUUCAUAAUCUUGUCUGUGGUUUAGUCUGGGUUAUAUCCUACUUUAGGGGGAACUUCUGAGUGGUGUCUCGACCUGGUAGAAAUAGCAAUCACAACAACAGAAUCGAUCUUCAAAUGACGAGGCUUACAGAAGUAUUAAAUCGUGGCCGACGACCCGGUUACCAUGGGAAAUUCACCAAUUACAAAGAAGUGUUUCCCUAUAAAAUGCCUUUGCCUCCGAUCCUUAAAGACAGUGUAUCGAAUAAGAAAGACAAAUCCAAAGCUGCACCCUGCCUUGAGGAAAUUGGAUUGUUGCUGACUUGCUGGAAGUCUUCAGAUUUUUCCAUGAAAGGAUGCGAGAAGGAAGUAAAGGCGUUUAACAAAUGCUAUGCGGCGUCUACGAAUCAACCUCCUCAAACUGGAAACAAACUUUCCGCAGCAGAAGUGAACAAAUUACUCAAGAAGUUUCCUCAGCCUCCACACUCAUACAAGUAGAUGAUUCAGUGAAAGGUUUUUAACAAGUGAACAGCAUGUGUGAAGGGUCCAGUGUUCAAUUCACAUCAGAUGUCUACACAAUGCUUCAUGUGUUCCUCAUGCCAAUGUCAGCAAAUUGAAGAAUAUUCCAGUUGCAGUAGUAUUAAGGUGUCUAGCUGGCAAAAUCAUUGGAGCAUUGGCAAAAAUGCCUUGUAGCAUUCAUUCUGACCCUUUACGGUCAAUGGUAUCAACUAGCCCCUUCCCUCAAAAUUUCUGGCCUUGUGCCAAAAUUUGAAAUAAUUAUUAUUAUUAAUAACAUUAUGCUGUGAUGAUCUGUUUGAAAGUGAGAAAUGACCUGAAAGAAAUUUGGAAUAAAAGAUUGUAAAUAAAGCAA